GUCGUGCUUUUCAUGGAAGGCACCCUGAAGGAACCGCAAGCGAAUCUUUCUGCGAGUGUCGUCAAGGCGCUUCUCCAGAGUGGCCUGGCUUUCAAGGCUGUGGAUUGCCUUGAUGAGAAAUACAACCCGGGUGUCAAGAAGGCUGUGGAAGCCCUGAGCGGCGAGACUCAGUUACCGCAGCUUUUUGCCGGCGGGCGACGCCUGGGCAACGGCAACGACAUCCUGGAGCUGAGCAAGAAUGGCGACUUGGCGACAAAGCUGCGCGAAUUGGGCGCUGUUGAU